AUGACAGAUAGUUAUUCUUCGGACACAUGGUCAGAUCUUGAAAAGCAUUAUGACACCGACUCCUGGAACGAUGUCGGAACAAACGCAUAUGGCUGUGUUAAGCAACUGUUUUUACUCAAGAAGGCCAAUCGUAAGAUGAAGGUUAUGCUUAGUAUAGGUGGUUGGACUUACUCUACCAACUUCCCUGCUGCCGCCAGCACGGCGACAAGCCGGGCACUCUUCGCUUCCAGCGCUGUCACGCUGGUGAAGGACUGGGGAUUCGACGGUAUUGACAUUGAUUGGGAGUAUCCCGCUGAUGCCACCCAAGCUCAAAACUUCGUUCUUCUUCUUCAGGAGGUCCGCUCGCAGCUUGAUGCAUAUGCGGCUCAAUAUGCCCCUGGAUACCACUUCCUCCUAACCAUUGCGUCGCCCGCUGGCCCGACUAACUACAACAUCAUGAAGCUUGGGAUAAUGGCAGGCAUCAUUGACUACUUCAAUCUGAUGGCUUAUGACUAUGCUGGCUCGUGGGACACCACAAGCGGACAUCAGGCCAACCUUUACAACAACCCCAGCAACCCGACCGCCACCAAGUUCAACACGGAUGAUGCUGUCAAGGCUUACAUUGCCGCUGGUGUGCCAUCGAGCAAGAUUGUUCUCGGCAUGCCAAUUUACGGCCGAUCAUUCGAGAACACCGCAGGCAUCGGUCAGUCCUACUCCGGCAUUGGUAGCGGCUCGUGGGAGAACGGUGUCUGGGACUACAAGGCCCUGCCCAAGUCCGGCGCCACAGUCUACACUGAUAGCGUUGCCGGCGCCACCUACAGCUACGACAGCAGCGCCAAGGAGCUGAUCUCGUAUGAUACCCCGGCUAUGGUCCAGACCAAGGUGUCCUACCUGAAGUCCAAGGGACUCGGCGGGAGCAUGUUCUGGGAGGCCUCGGGCGACAAGACCGAUAGCAGCAGUCUAAUGCUUACGAGCUUCAACUCGUUGGGAGGAGCCAGUGCGCUGGACUCUACUCAGAAUCUGCUCAGCUACCCCAACAGCAAGUAUGAUAACAUCAAAGCUGGCGUGCCUAGCUAA